AAGCACGAGUGAGCCCGAUAUUGGGCCCAUUAUGAAUGCAUUAAUUAGCCCAUUAAGAAAGAAACUUCGACAACGCUCCAAGCCACGCGGCAAAGCUGAGAUGACACAUGUCAGUCUCAAGCUGUUAGAAGUGACACGUAACGUUGCAUGUAAAGCUUAUAUAAGGGGAGAGGAUGAAAUUAUUGUGAUGUAAGUAAAGUAUUAGAUAAAAGAGAGAAAAAUGGCGAAGAGUAAGGAUGAUAUAAAGUACGGGACAGCACAGGCGAAGCUAUCAGAAGAUGAAGCUUUAAGGAUUAGGUAUAAGCAUGGGACUCCGCUUGAAGGUGGUAAGAUUGCUGAUUCUGAACCUCUUGAUCUCUUUUCAAGUGCUCAUCAGAUUCCCAGUAAACCUUCUGAUGAAUCCACCACCACCAACCAAUCUCAGUCGCACCGUGGCCCAAAUGACAAGCCCAAUCCUGCUACUUGAGUAUAGUCUUUUACUGCUCUUUGUGUGUAUGGAGUUAUAGAGUUGAUGUUUUAGUUUAAUCAACAUGUACGUUGUACAUUAUAAUAAUAUUUAUAAUAUAUGGUUUGAAGUUCAGUUA